AUUUGUUUUGUUUUUUUGUUUUUUCUCCGCCUACGAGUGUCGAUUCUUCUUAGCAUCUCGAUGCUAACGUUAGCUCGUCAGCUAGCAUUAGCUAACUUAGCUGUCAGCCGGUGAAAACGUAGCCCGGGAUAUAGUGUUGUCUUUCUCUAAACCAGCCCGUCAAGUAGCUCUUGUGAUCCAACUGUGUUAAUGUGUUACUUUUUGAAGUUGUCACCUGGUGUGCAGUGUGCAUUAGUGUUACAGACUGUAUGUUGGUUUCUUUUGUUGUCUAGCAUGUUUCUGCAAAGUGAGCUAACGUUAGCUGUCAGUGUCAUUUGUUUACGUUUAGGUGUCACUUAACUUAACUUAACUUAACUGAGGUUGCUGGUUCCCUGCUGACAGUCAGCAGUCAGGAUAACGUUAGAUAAUACAAGCAUACACUCUUUCUAGAUUGCCUAACAUGUAUUUAAUGUUAAAUUGAUGUCGAUCAAACAACGGGGUGAAAUGAUAGUUUCUUAAAUAUGUUAAAUAUGUUAAUCUGGUAAUAAAAUCAAUCGUUCAUGAUUGUCAUCCUACAAUAUUGCAUGCAAGUUCAAUCUAAAGAUCAACAAGUGGGUUAUUAUCGAAAUCACAUGUAUUUCUAUGUUAAAGCAACAGACAACAUGUAAUAAUGAAAUAGUCACAAUAGCAGCUACCUAACAAUACAAAGAGUAUUUUAUAUUUUAUAUAUUUUAUUCUGGUACAUUUCCUUUAGGCUCAAGGAUCUCUAUCAUUGUGUCUUACGGCUUUUUAACUCCCAAUUUCUUGAAAAAUCUGUUUCAGUGUGCCGUUGUGUCACCCCUGCCCGGGUGCCAUGGUCCUCAGUUACACAUGAGCUCUACUAUGUGGUACAUCAUGCAAAGCAUUCAAAGUAAAUACUCCUUGUCUGAGCGGCUCAUCCGCACCAUCGCAGCCAUCCGCUCAUUCCCACACGACAAUGUGGAGGAUCUGAUUCGUAAGGGAGCUGAUGUGAACCGGAUGCACGGCACACUUAAGCCCCUGCACUGUGCCUGUAUGGUCGCUGAUGCCGACUGCGUGGAGCUGUUGUUGGAGAAAGGGGCAGAGGUGAAUGCUUUGGAUGGAUAUAACCGCACAGCACUGCAUUAUGCGGCAGAAAAGGAUGAGAGCUGCGUGGAGCUGCUGUUGGAGUACGGCGCCCAGCCAAACGCCCUGGAUGGCAACAAGGACACCCCACUUCACUGGGCCGCCUUCAAAGAUAACCCAGAGUGUGUGAGGGCUCUGCUGGAGAGCGGGGCCUGUCCCAAUGCACGGGACUACAACAAUGACACGCCUUUGAGUUGGGCAGCAAUGAAGGGCAACUUGGAGAGUGUCAAAGUACUAUUAGACUAUGGAGCCCAGGUCCACGUGACCAACCUGAAGGGCCAGACGCCUAUUUCCCGACUGGUGGCUCUGUUGGCCCGGGGCCUGGGCACCGAACAGGAGGAGGAGUGCCUCGAGCUGCUGUGCCGGGCGGCAGGGCGAUUUGAGAUACGACGGGCUGACGGCACCCUUCCCAGGGAGCUGAGUAAGGAUCCUCAGCUCCUGGCGAGGCUGACCAACAUGGUGGCUCAGGCUCCUACGCUUCGCUCUCUGGCGCGCUGUGCUGUCCGGCAGAGUCUCGGAGUCCAGUUCCUCCCAACUGCUGUGAAAGAGCUUCCUUUACCAGAGACUAUCAAAGACUAUUUACUGCUGAGGGACUGAGGUGAUGAAAUCAUUAGACAGCUAAUCACAUUGCAUUUAUUGGCAAGAAAGUCGGUUGAAACAUAGGAUAUUGUCUGACAGUGGCCCUCAUUAAUCAAACCUUCUUGCAAAUGAAUAUAGAUUUGUGCAGCGGGAAAAACCUCUUCUAGUCUUUUUUUAAUUAUCUAGUGGUUGCACAACAUCUAAAUGAGCAGAUUGUUGAGUUUGAUAAGUGUCAGUUGUUGGACAAAGACUGCACCAGUCCGUGUUUUUUAUUUAUUUCUCGGCCCACCGCGCAUGCAUUACAGAAAGGAACAACAUCGAACAACAACAUGAAGAUAGUUGUGUUCAAUCAUCCAUCUGUUCAUAAAGAGCCAGUGCAUCUUUCAAAUUUUAACUAGGUUUAUUAUAAUUCUUCUGUAUGUAAAAUUCACAAUUAUGUAUUGGUUAUUACAUUUUAAAACGUAAAUAUUAUUGAGUUUGGUGUUUAAAAUGUGUAUAUUCUCAUUGUAAGAGUAGAUUUAAACGUUAGAGGUUUAAUGAAUGAGGGAUAAUGUCUGAUGAUGCAGUUCCUGAAGUAGUGCUCGGGAACGAAUGCUAUGUAGUUAGUAUGAUAGUUGAAGUGGCCAUCUCUCUCUCAAUGACGUCCCGGUGAACUCACAAUGCAAGGAAUUUUGAAAUUCCAAGGGAAGAAUAAACAAAAAAUAAAAUAUAAAUAUAAAGAUUGUUAUGUAGAAGCAACAAAAAGUUGCAGAAUAAUAUCAUUGAUUUGACAGAUUGGUUCACAAAAUGUGGCGGCCUCACUCAUUUUGCCUCCAUCUAGUCCUCUGAAAAUGUUCAACGCUGAUAAGAGUGAUGUCAACAUGCCUGCUGUCAUUUCCUAUUUAUUUGGGCUUUAUUUUAAUGAGGGGUGCAGUUGCAGUUGCCAAGGAGGAAUAAAAUGCUCGUUUGUUUUUUUAACAAUGGACGUUUUCAAGGGUGCUCCCUCGUCCAGAAUUUUGCAGCCUAUGUUAAAAUAUACUUUAUUUUAAAUUAAUGUUAGAACCAUGAAAUAGCAUGAAUACUAAGUUUUUGUCCUUGAACGAAUCACUAAAUAAGCUUGCGAAAUGUAUUUACGUUUGUUAUGGCAUCUGUCUAAAAUCUGACCUUUUCUGUGCUUGAUUUUGUUUUGAUGCUUGUUCUGUAUAAAAAAUUAACUCCUUAGAUCAUGUCUUGUGUACAGCAAAAGUGCUUUUUUUUUUCUUUGUCAACGUAAUGAAAGUAAAUGCCUUUACAGUAUAUCCCAA